AUGCCGUGGCAGGUGGACGGAUUUGACAAGCCAGCAUCGUGCACGCACAAGAACUGGAGACACAAGUGCUUGAAGUACAAGCUUGGCACGCAGUGCGCGACACUGGAGCUGGACACAGGGGACGGCGCAAAUGGAUUGAACCCAGCAGUCCUGGACGCGCUCCAGGAUGCCAUUAUGGACCUUCAGGACCGGAGCGACAUCAGAGUCGUCAUUCUGAAGUCAACAGGGAAAUUCUUCAGCCAGGGCUUUGACCCCAAGCACCUUAUGGCUGAGUCAACGAUGUCGGAUGAGGACAUCAUUGCGUUUCAGACACAGUUUGCAAAAAUCCUUUACUUUCUGCAGAGCCAUCUGUUCCAGCACUGUCUUGGGGCUUCGAAAGCCCCAAACUCAUCCAACGGGCCUCGAUGUCUCGGAGCCAUGGGUGGCAAGCCGAGCAAAGUUCCGGGUGGGGCCAUCUUGGCAAUCAGGGAGAUGAACCCAGAUGGCCUCUGCUUCGACACCAACGGUCCCAUGCGCUUCAAAGAUAUUUUCUACAAGAAGCGGAAUCUUGAGCCGGGAGAACGUGAAUUCCUGGUCGAUGAUGCGCAGAUAGACAGGAAGAAGGCUGGUGAGCAGCUGCCUUUCCUGGGUCAAAAGAUGGAGUGGGACGAGGAGAAGAAGGAGUACAAGCCCCUGGAGGGCAAGAAAUGGGGCACCGUUGUCAAGGGCUACGACAUGGGCAAAUACCUGUGGGUAAAGCGCGAAAAGAAGUGGCUUCCAAAAUUCUCUGGUGGCAAGCGUGUUCUUGUCGAAGAGAUUGCAGAGGUUCCGAAAGAGCCUUUCAUCAUCAAGUUCCCGCAGUGGUGGUUUCCCCUGAAGAGAUACAAGUCGCUCAUGGUCUGGGAGAUGGAAAAGAGCCCGGCUCCGAGCAGCCUUGGCCGCUCAAGGAGCAGCAGCUGGAGCAGCCUCCCCCCGCCCUCCGCUGCAUUCGGGGAGGAGGCGGCGGUGCAGCUCCUUGAACGAUGUGGCUGGGACGCUACGAAGGUUCGGAGCCGAUGCCUCCAAGGCCUUUGGAGUGGUCUUGGCAACGUUUACGAGAUUGAGUGUGAGCUGAACGGACAUCCAGCUGGGGCAAUAGUGAAGCUCAUUGACUGGAGGGAUGCCAGCGGGCCGUGGCUCCGCCGCGAGCUGAAGACCUACGAGGUGGAGGCCUUGUUCUAUCAGACCUAUGCACAGCGUCUUCGCGCCCUGGGUGCAUGCUGCCCCGAGCUGUUGUUACUGGACAGGAGCGAUCGGGCCCUCACUUUGGCCAUCUCGAGGCUCCGCGGCGAGGCAGUGAGGAAGUUGAGCCCAGCAGCGACGGAUCAAGCCCUUCAAUGGCUGGCUCGACUGCAUGCAGAGUUCUGGGGAGUCCGUGCAGAGGCUGCUGUCGCAGCGGGUCUGCAUGACGUGGGCUGUUUCUGGAGUCUGGACAACUGCCGGGAUCAGCUCUCAAAUCUCCCACAGGAUGGCUUUGGCCAGAGGCUUCUCUUGGCAGCGGAUGCCGUGGACGAACGGUUGAAACUGGAGCCGCAGAGCAUCUGUCAUGGCGACUGCAAAGAUCACAAUAUGUGCCUUCACGAUGGCAUCAUCGGCAUGUUCGACUUUCAGUGGACUGGAAAAGCAUGCGUCGGAAAGGACAUCGCCUACUGCCUCAUAUGCGCUUCAGGCCAGCUGACUUCGGCUGACGAAGCUUCUUAUUUGGCUACCUACCACCGGGCCUUGUCAGAGCAGCUCUCGAUGAGACAGGAGCCUGCCCCAACGCUGGAGCAGGUCGCUGCUUGCUAUCGCCUAGCGCUCCUGGAUCUGGCGCGAUGGAUGGCCGGUUGCCCUUAUGGUUGGUGGGGCCACGGGCGGGUUCUGAAACACGCAGCGGAGAAGGUGCUACGAACCCUGGACGGCGGGGAGAUCUUGAGCUCCGCUGAUGACUACCGCGCGGCCUUGUGGCGUGAGUUCCCCCGACACGGCGAAUGCGAAAUAGAGAGUCAAAAGAGCCGCCGGGAGACGGAUGCCUGUCCCAAAGGCAAAGUCCGCAUGAUCUAUUCUGGCGGGAAGUCCAACCAGAAUGGCAUGAGUAACGGGCCAGAGGAUGAGUCCGGCGCCAGCGCGCCUGUGCACACCUACCACGCAAUCAAAAACACCGACCUUGCCAGCUCCAAGAAGUACCAGGAGGCUGCCAAAAAGGCCCUCUGCGAGGUACCACCGGUCAGGCUGAAGUGCGAAGGCGGGAAGAUGCCCAAGAUCCGCAGGAAGAGCGGGCGGGGUGACAGCGGCAAGCCCGCCAUCGAAGAAGCCCUGUGCUUGCAGGGUCUGCUGCGCAUGCGUUGCGGCCACAGAAAAGGUUCAUGGGUCUUGAACUUCCCGCGAUACUUCGGAAGGCUGCAGCAGCUGACGGUCGCGCUGAUCCAGGGAACGGCCAUGGGAGCAGGGACGUCUAGGCCAACAGCCGUGGACAGAGCUUACAGCAAGAAUUCAAACAGACUGACAAAGCAGCAACAGAUUCUCGCCUGCGAUUUUGCGGACUUCUUCGAUUCUUGGGGUACCCUGUCAAACUUUGUUGGCGAUGGGGUGCUUUCUAGUGGCAUCUCGACCACCCUUUCCGGAGUCUUUGGCAACUCCAAUGGAAGUGGGCUCGACCCAGUGAAGGGGCUUUGCCCAGAAACCGGAAAGUUCUGGCUCGGCCCAGUUCCUGCCACUGCCUUGCCCUACAUCACCAGGCGGUGUACCUUCAUUAAGAAUGUGUAUCAGCUCGUCCUUGCCGGGGCGAACUUGUCAUCAGAGAUAGCCGAGGAGUAUGGUUUCGUCGACAAGGUGGUCGACGAAGUCAAAGACCUUGAGACCGAGUGCCAAGCUGUUUGUGACCGAAUGACGCUUUGCGCACCUGGAGCUGUGGCUGCCACCAAAGACGUGGUCAUGAACACGGUCGGUGUGCCCCCAUCUUCCUUCAUGAUGAACUACGUGGCAGGAAUCGUUGCGGACAUCCGCGCAGGCCCAGAGUGCAAAGCUGGGAUGCAAGCUGUGCUGAACAAGACUCGGCCGAAAUGGGCCGACACGCCAAUAGCGCCGUGA